UAAAUUAACUAGCAUGGAUAUGGGCUUUGGUCACCUCCAAAAGAUCGCGAUAAAUCUGAAAGGUGAUUUACAGGCCGUAACUGGAAUAGCCUAGAUUCCAAAAAGAUAUAGUGUGACGAAACCGAACUAGAUAGUAAAGUACAAAGAGAAAUGCGCUGAAAUACGUUCAAGCCCUCCAGUAGAAAUCGAACUUACGUUUCCCAGUUACUUUUGGACGCUCUACCCACUGAGCAAUGGGUGACGUAUAUGGUGAGCAGGUCGUAGGCUUUGGGGUAGUCAAAGGAGUACACUAGACAAUAGGGUGAACACUAGACACUGAUCAAAGCAAAGUACUCACUAAAUAGCAAUAUUUACCUGCAUCUCGCGAGCACAUGAAAUAGAGUUAGUGACCCAAUCAACCAACCAAACUUCAACUUAAGGUGUUUUUGGUGAAGUUAAGAAAUGUAGCAUUUAAAACUCAUGAAUCUGUAUCAAAAUAUACUUGAAACAAGUUUUAUCUUCUUUUUCCGUUUGCUUUAGUCAAGCCCGAAAACGUACAGUUGGCAGUGAAUGACUCAAGCGUUUGUCAGGGUGAUGUCCUUAGUUUAAGCUGCUCUGCUGAUGGUAACCCUGCCGUGGAAGUCUAUCAGUUAUUUGAAAAUGAUGUUCUUGUAAGUAGAAGCAACAGAAGCCCAUUGGUUUGGAGUAAAACAGCAUCAGCUGGAGGAGUGUUUGUUUACAGAUGCGUGGCUGACAACUUUGUGGGGACAGCAAUUGCUACAACAAAUGUCACUGUAAACGGUAAAAUAAUUUUUAAUUUUUUGCGUAUUUUAAUCUUACGACUUAGUAAUUUGUUUAGCUUUCUAUACAAAAUAUUAAAUAAUACCCUGAAUUUUUUGUCUUUGACAGUAAGACCUGUGAUACAGACUCUGGAUAAUAUUACUGCAGUAGAGGGUGAAAACUGGAAUCUGACCUGCAGUGUUAAGGGGAGUCCUGUGCCAUCUUUAUCCUGGAUAGAAGUUAGAAAUGGAAGCCGAACAGACGGGAACGUCCGGGAGCUAAUCAACAUCCGUAGAAGUGACGCUGGUGAAUACAAGUGCGAAGCAAGCAAUCUUUGUGGAAAUGACGUCAAGAUCACAUUUCUGAUUGUAAACUGUAAGGGAUAA